CGAGGCGGGACGUAAGUGUCAUGGCGAGCUCCAUCUGAAGUCUGUGCUGUUCCGGAGAGCGACCUGUAUUUCAAGAGGAUUUGAGAGUAAUUGCAGAUAAUCAAGAUGCCUUCUGCAUCCUGUGAUGUACUACUGGAUGACAUAGAAGAUAUUGUGUCGCAGCAAGAUUCAAAGCCACAAGAGAGGCAUUUUGCAAGAAAGCACAUUGUUCCAAAGGUGCGAAAAAGAAAUACCCAACAAUAUUUGCAAGAGGAAGAGAGUCCACCAAGUGACAGCACUAUUCCUGGCAUACAGAAAAUUUGGAUACGAACAUGGGGUUGUUCUCAUAAUAAUUCAGAUGGAGAAUAUAUGGCUGGACAACUAGCUGCUUACGGAUAUAAAAUUACAGAAAAUGCAUCAGACGCAGAUCUGUGGCUCCUGAAUAGUUGUACUGUAAAAAACCCGGCUGAAGAUCACUUUAGAAACUCAAUUAAGAAAGCUCAAGAGGAGAACAAGAAAAUAGUGCUAGCUGGAUGCGUUCCUCAAGCCCAGCCUCGUCAGGACUACCUUAAAGGACUGAGUGUCAUAGGGGUUCAACAGAUAGAUCGUGUAGUAGAAGUUGUGGAGGAAACAAUUAAAGGUCACUCUGUGAGACUGCUGGGUCAGAAAAAGGACAAUGGAAAACGGCUGGGGGGAGCGCCGUUGGAUUUGCCAAAGAUUAGGAAGAAUCCACUGAUAGAAAUCAUUUCCAUCAAUACUGGGUGUCUCAAUGCUUGUACCUAUUGCAAAACUAAACACGCUAGAGGGAAUUUGGCCAGUUAUCCGAUUGAUGAACUAGUAGAUAGAGCCAAACAAUCGUUUCAAGAGGGUGUUUGUGAGAUAUGGUUGACCAGUGAAGACACAGGAGCUUAUGGCAGAGAUAUUGGCACUGAUCUCCCCGCACUCCUGUGGAAACUGGUUGAAGUGAUUCCUGAGGGAGCAAUGCUGAGGCUUGGCAUGACAAAUCCGCCCUAUAUUUUAGAGCAUCUGGAGGAAAUGGCUAAAAUCCUUAAUCAUCCCAGAGUCUACGCUUUUCUGCACAUACCAGUCCAGUCUGCCUCUGACACCGUGCUCAUGGACAUGAAAAGGGAGUACUGCGUGGCUGACUUCAAAAGAGUGGUGGAUUUUCUGAAGGAGAAAGUUCCUGGAAUAACUAUUGCUACAGAUAUUAUCUGUGGUUUUCCUGGAGAGACAGAUCAAGAUUUUCAAGAAACAGUGAAACUUGUUGAAGAGUACAAAUUUCCAAGCCUGUUUAUUAACCAGUUUUACCCAAGACCAGGCACGCCUGCUGCAAAAAUGAAACAAGUUCCAGCGCAAGUGAAAAAGCAAAGGACAAAAGAUCUUUCUCGGGUGUUUCAUUCUUACAGCCCAUACGAUCACAAGAUUGGUGAAAGACAGCAAGUGUUAGUAACAGAAGAAUCUUUUGAUUCCAAGUUUUAUGUUGCACACAAUCGAUUCUAUGAGCAGGUUUUAGUGCCAAAGAACCCCACGUUCAUGGGAAAAAUGGUCGAAGUGGACAUUUAUGAAUCAGGAAAGCAUUUUAUGAAAGGGCAGCCAGUAUCAGACGCCAAAGUAUACACACCAUCCAUCAGCAAACCAUUAGCAAAAGGAGAAGUCUCCGGUUUAACAGAGGAAUUCAGAAACAGGCUUGGAAAGCCCCAGGGCCCCACAUGCCACGCUGCUGCUGCAGAUGGACGAGCCCCGGCGAGGCCCAGGGCGGUGCCACCGUGGCACCGGCCACACCGAGGGUGCGCACUGCUGCUGUCCGCCGGCCUGACUCUGUUCGCUCUUCUUUUUGCGUUUUUUGUCAAGGUCUGUAAUUAAAACACAACUCAGUGAACCACCUGUGAAGAAGAAGAAAUUCCUAAUUAAAAUCUUCAGUGAACAGGAAAGCGGCCAUGUCAGUUCUAAAGAGCAGUAAUUUAUACUGGUCUCCUUGCCACCUUUUUAGCCACACUUUUUAAUGAGGCUCACCCUGUCUCACAGAGUUGGGCCCACUGGCAUUUGAUCUGCAACCUAGUAACAGCUGCCUAGCAUAGCUUUUAAACUAAGCUCCUUUGGGUUUAUUUUUAGCAAAGAUGCAAGUGGCUGCAUCUCCUUAAGUCUUCAGUCUGCAAGUGAGGACCUGACGCACAGCAGAAUGGGUCUGGUCAUCUUUUUCUUACACGGAAAGACUUUUCAAUCUUUAAUAAGCAUUUUUAAAUGUAUCUCCUCUUUCAUGCUUAGUUUGGAGUCCCAAUGUUACAAGCAUCUUAUUUUCACAGCAGAUGUGUUUCUGAAAAGUCUAUAUCAACACCUAUGUUUGGACCUUGAAUGCUUUCGGAAUGCACCGGGGAGUCUGCCAUUAAAGGACUCUCAGCAACAGCCAGAGAAGUGCAGGGAAUCGCCCACUUCUUUAGCGCUCACAUAAUUUCAAAAACUGGAUUCAUUUGAAACAAGCUGUGCCCUUUUUCUGACAUUUGGACUGAUUACACCAAAUGUUUAUUCCUACCUGACGUCAUUGGCCUUUAGUAAAUGAAGUGACUUCUUUCACAAUAAAAGGGAUUGCUAUAACAAACAAAUCAUCAGAAUUUAAAGAAGUUAUUGGUGCUCUGUGGUUACCAUAGGACAUUUUUCAUCUUUAAUCCUACAGCUGUGUUCAGCUCUUCCUUUUAUCUCAAAAUGUUUCAGCCUUUUAUGUGUCUUGUAAGGAAUCCAAAUUAGAAUUUAAUUAUGUCAUCAGUUGGUGAGUUAAAAAGGAAAAAACAACCUAAAACUUCAGUGUUGGUACAUUUCUCCUGAAACUGGUAUGUGACUCUAAGGGGAAAUCUCAUUGAAAACACAAAGCUCUACCUGUGCCCCCCAGGGGUGGUGCAGGGGACCUCCCCUUGGGGUCACCCUGGCUGCUGAGCAAGAGGAGGGAGCGGUGUGUGCACAGGGGAGGAGGCUGCAGGGCACCGCCUUUCUUGAGAUACGUGCACUCGCUUCUUAGUUAAUAAACAGAACGGAUUCUGGUGAGGUGUGCAUUUAACAAAAGCUGUGCAUUUAGCAGAAGUGAAAAGCCUGCCUGAAUCCUAGAGUGACACUUUAUAGGACAUAAGAGAAGCUUUAUCCUGGUUUGAGACAGGAAGUUUUUUCUAUUUCUGCAUACUCAUUCUUUCCCCAUUCUGUUCCUCUCACCUCCUUAUUUAUUUUUAUCCUCCCCUCUAGCUCUGUGCCUUUCUCUCUACUGUUCUUCAUCUUUUCUUUCCGUGAGAGAAUGAUACACCCAGCCGUCUAACAGUCCCACUGCCCCCAUGACUGACUGUGGUGGGGAUUCUCAGGGGUUCUUCCAGCCAUCCACGAUUCUCUCCACUCUGCCUUGUUGCUCACCCCCGACUCGGCCGCAGCUGCCUCUGCUCUUUGUUCCAGCAAGUUAAUUGGCCACUUCCCUGCAGCAGGUCAUAUGUGACAUCAGUUGCUGUAUUUGUGCCAGAUAGUAAGGGAGAUGGCAGUGGUCUGGAAGUCCAGCUUGCUUUUCUCCAUGGCCCCUUCUUGGAGGGAGGGAGGAGAGAAUAUGCGGUGGGUGUCCACAACAGAGUUCUCUCAUAGGCAGGACUACCCCUGAGAGCAAGUGUCGUCGUCGGGACAGCUGUCACCUCUUCGGCCCAUCUCCCUGCUGCCCACGUGUCCUAUUUUGGCCAGGGAGGUGGGAGUGGAAGGGUCAUGUCUUUGUCCAGGGCAGACACAUUCAGAGCCCAUGUACAGUCUGCCUUGUGCUCUUCCCACUGCUGGGGUAUCUGUGGAUGUACGUGCCGGGGAGAAGCCUCCCUUGCCUGGGUCCCCAAGUGAGUACGAGGAGCAGAGCCUCCCGCCAGCGUGUGCUAGACAUGUAGAACAAGGAGCUUUGCUGUGUUCAGCCACUGAGAUGUGGGGGUUCUUCCUGUAGGCAAACCUAGCCUUUCCCGAUUCAUACAGAAUCAGUCACGGCAGGACAGUUGACCUGCACUAUGUAAACAUAACUGAUUGUCCCUCGUAUUGUCUGUUCAUGUUUUCCCUUACCACCAGUCCUUUCGUAAGUCUUCUUUUAUUUCUUUUAGUAUGGCCCUGUCUACUGAAAAGGGAACUGACAAAGAGGUCUGUCCUAGGCUGCUGUAAUAGAACACCACGGGCUGGGCGGCUUAUAAAUAGAUGUUCAUUUCUCCCCGUUCCAGAGGCUGGAAAGUCCAAGACCAAGGCACCAGCAGAUUUGUUGUACUGUGGUCUGUAGGUGGCUGUUUUCUGGCUGCGGUCACAGGUGGUGGAAGGGCAAGGGAGCUCUCUGGGUCUCUUCUUAUAAUAGGAUGAAUCCUGUCCAUGAGGUCCACUCUCACGGCCCAAUAACCACCUGAAGGCCCCGCCUCCCACCAUCAUACUGGGUAUUGGGUUUCAACAGUUCAAUUGGGAGUGGGGGAGUCCCAAAUAGUCAAUCUACAGCAAGUUUUUUUUCAGUACUUUGGCCAAUUUUUUUUCUAAAGGUAAAUUCUAUUAGAGGAAAGCAUACAGAUGAAAAUGUACAUAAAUCAUGGGGCAGCUUGACAGAUUUUCAAAAAGUGAACACUGAUUGUAACCAGCCCCGGUGGAUUCCCCAUGCUCUUCCCCAGACAUUAAUUUUGCCCCCCAAAAGGUAACUCUAUCCACAUUUCUAACAUCGUAGAUUGGUCUGCCUGUUUGUAGACCUUACACGUAAGUGGUGCCAUGUAACGUGCACUGAGUCACGCUGCCCUUGCCCAGAGUCACCCAUGAGUUGUGCCCAGCGUGUUGUGUGUAGCAGCAGCAUGUUCACUCCCACCGCGGAACAGGGUUCUGCUGUGUAAACAUGCCACACCAUAUUGAACUAUUCAAGUGCGUUGUUUGCAGUUUUCUGGCUCGUGAAUAAUGCUGCAUCAACCAGGUAUUCUGGUACACAUAUAAGCAUUUGUUUGCCGACCACAUACCUAGAAGUUAGAUUGCUGGGUUGGGUCAUCUGCACAUGCUCAGCCUUAGUAAAUACUGCCAAGUGCUUUUCUUAACUGGUUAUACCAACUUACAUUCCCACCUAGAGAGAGUUCUGGAUGUGAUCCAUUUAUUGACAUGAACUUGACCAUUCUACCCACUAUUUCUUCUCUCUGUACCUGCGGCAUUCUUUGGCAGACCUUACCUCUGCUGUGUCCCAUCUCUGAGUCAACCCUCUUUUAAUUGUAUUCAUAACCAUUAACUGGCCAGCCCUUAAAGGUAGCAGACAUUUUGAUGUGCACUUUACAAGUGUUAGUUCUGAAAAAUCAACUUUGGAAUAGUAUUAUUAUUAUUAUUAUCCCCAUUUUACUGAAAAAAAAUCUAAAACAAGAUUAAGUAACUUACCAGGGACCCAGAGCUACUAAGUUAUAGAGGCAGGGCUUGAACACAGCCUGACUCUAAAGCCCACGCUUCUCUGCUGUACACUCUUCCUUCUCCCUUGUCCCCUGUUUUCCACCUCAAUUUGACCUUUGCCAACGGGUCUGUAUCCAGGAUUGACCAUGUGGAUGCCUGGGUUCUGGGCAGCCCAUUCCUUCCCUUCGUGUUGUCCUGCUCCAACAUUGUGCAUGUGCCUGAUGCACUUAAUGAAGGAGAUUUAUUCAUCAGGUUUUUCCUUCCUCCCUCUUUUCUCUCCUCCUUUCCUUCCUGCUCCCUCCCUCCUUCCUUCCCUCACUUUCCCUCUCCCCCCCUUUUUUCUUUCUUUCUGCCUUCUUCAUUAAGUGUGAUAUAGUGAGUAUGAGAAUGUAAAGAAUUCUUUGCUAAAAACUUUGCUUUGUUGCUGGGAAAUGUGUCUAUAAACAUCAGAUUUCCAUAUGUUUUUCAGACAGAACAUAUGCUUUUCUACUGACUUCAUUUCUGGUUGAAAUUUCAGUGUAUAUUAUGUCAUGAAGAGAGAAUUUGAGUUAUAAAUGAAGCUUCAAGAGGUUUUAUAAUUAUAAAAUAAACCAGAAAAAAUGAAGGAGAGAGGAAGAGAAGGGCAGAAAGAAAGGGGAAAAAAGGGUGUUCUUAAGACUUGCCCUGCUCCUGAGGCACCCCAGGGUGCUGUGUUACGUUUACAGAAACAUCAAGGAUAACUUACAUUUUCACGGGCGGCACGGCAACAUCUGUUCAACUCAUGCAAACUGCUACUAGCUCAAAAGAGUUCAUAAUUUCAGCAUUAGAAUUCACAACAUUUUUGAUGAUCCUCUAUCUUGGUAAGUGGAUUCUCAUCAGUUGCUUUGAUAAAAAGCAAGUAUCAAGUGAAUGGCGAUGUGGAACGAGAUGCGAAGGUGGCCUCACUCCAGGGUUGGAGGUUGUGCAAUGCCUGGCAGGUGCACACUUCCAGUAGUACGUAAUGACGGUGCUUUUAGAAUGAAACAAAAAUAUUUUUCUUCCAAUUCACAUGUAUUCCUUUUGUGAACAGUUUUCAUAACGUAUGAGGACAUACAUAUGUGUUAAGUUGCUAGGGCCUGCCUCCUUAAUAAAUAGAAUGGUUUAGCUGUUUCCUUUGGCCUAGGGGUGCCACGAAUCAAGAAAGCUUGAGAACGCCUGCUCUCCGAUACACUCUAAUUUAGAGAAUUCAUGCCAAACUCACAUUUAAUCUUGGGAUCUGAAUCACUUCUCGAAAUAUUUUUUUCUUAUUUUAAAGUUAGUUUAUCAAUAGCAGAUGUCUGAUCGGUUUGCACUUGCCUUACCACUGUGCUUGAUCUUUAUAGUGUUCAAACCAUAAAAUUUGAGUCAAGGAACUGUGAAGGAACUAUGAGUCCGAAUCGGUUGGAUUCAUCUCUCAGUUGUUCCCAAUACAAAUUUGAGGCGGACAGCAAGAGAGCAUGAGAUUUUUUGAGGUCAGCAAAAGUUUGGUUUCAAUUUCAGCCAGGCCACUUUCUCUUUCUGAGGCUCCUCUAUAAAAUGGGGCUGUGAUUCCACAGUAAUCACUGAAAGAUGGAAUCAGCUUUCCAUACAUCAAGCCCUGUGUCUUUGUCUCAUCAUAUCUUCCCCUUUCUUAUUUACUAGAGCCAUUUAAGCCUGAAAACCAAUUUUACAAAUAAAGUUAGGUGUUUUAAAUUCUGGUAUUAACACAUGACCACCCAAAAGAACUAUAUAUGGAGUAAAAAGAGUCCUGCCUCAAAGGCUUGGAGUCUAAUUCUAGCAAAUGCAGCAAAGGAAGGAAAAUUCAAAGAAAAUGGAUUGCAGCUGCUUUUGAGGAGAUCAAAUUAGUGAAGGGCACAGAGCAGAUUUGGGUGGCCCAUCUUAGAUCAAGAAGAAGGUUUUCCAUGCCCAAAGAUGAAAAGAGCAAAUAGAUUAAUGGGCAGACCUAGAAGUCAUACCCUCCCCCAUCCUGCCUUGGGGUAAAAGAAAAUGCAGACACUAUUAUUCUUCAUUAGUUUUCUGUCAAUUACUUCCUACCAGUACUGUUUCCUAGAGCUGUAUAGCCAAAAUAUCCCAGCUGUGUACUGUGUAGCAGUUGAAUCAAAGGCUUUCAUUUGGUCUCUUAUGGUCUUCCUAGUUUAUGGGCAUCUGAAUACAUUUAUGUGUACUGAUGAGGCAAGUGCCGAGAAAAGACACAUAUAUAUAAUUUUUUCCAUAUAUACAUAUAUGGAAAAAGCUUCGAUCGAGGUAAGGGAAAAGCUGGCGUUCGGGAAGCGCUAAAUAACUAGGAAUAUUAAUUUGGGGUUUGUCUUAUCUGCUUUUAAUUUAAUUAAUCAUAACAACGAUAGAUGUUAUCCCAGACUAUCUGAUUCCAAGGUCCAAGCUUUUAACUUCUGUUUUUACCCCCAGUUUCCACAAGGAGGAAUAAAACACACGUGGUUUUUAAACAGACCUAAAGCUUUUCAAAUACUGCUGCUAUACAGCGUGCUGUUCACUUAUGACUCACUAUACUGGGACCUAACUUCAGGGAACUAGAGCAUACCAUUCACAUAAGUAAUGAGUCUGAUUACAAACCACAGCUUCCCCUUAAGUUCGGUGUUAUCUCCCUCAAAGAGUCACUUUGGAAUGACUCUACUGGCAAUCUUGAAAGUAAUUCCUCUUACUAUCUUGUGAAUCUUUGCCCUUGCAGGAGGAAUUUGGGUGAUUGGUGAUCUCCGCUCUUGGAGGUAUAAUUUGUUUGGAAAUUACCAGAAGUAAUUUAAACAUAUCUGAUGAGUGAAGCAUUAGAUCGAACUAGUUGUAUUGGUUGAGGUCCCCAGGAAAAUUCUUUUGUUGGACAUGGUCCUCUUAAGAAAAUGCUUUGCAGUAAGAUUUUCUUCCCUUCAGCGCUAGACUUUCCCCUAAGUAGAAUAAACAAAGAAAAGCUUUGGACCAAAUAGACAUUUGGUGAUUUUUCAAAGACAUUUAAAGAGCCCUGGUUGGUGUAGCUCAGUGGAAUGAUUGAGCACAGGACUGUGAUGCAAAGGGUCUCUGGUUCUAUUUCUAGUCAGGGCACAUGCCUGAGUUGCAGGCCAGGUCCCCCAUAGGGAACACAUGAGAGGCAACCACACAUUAAUGUUUCUCUCCCACUCUUUCUCCUUCCCUUCCCCUCUCUCUAAAAAUAAAUAAAUAAAAUAUUUUUUAAAAACGUUUAAAGAAUAAUGAACAGCAAUCCUCAAACUUUUUCAAAAAAUUGAAGAGGAAGAAACACUUCCUAAUUCAUUCUGAGGCCAGUAUUACCCUGAUACCAGCCAAAUAAAGACACUAUAAGAAAAGAAAAUUGCAAAGCAUUGUUCUCUUUGAAUAUUCUCUAUGAAUAUAAAUGAAAAAUACACAACAAAUUAUUAGCAAAGUGACUUGAACAGCAUGUUAAAAGAAUUAUUAAGUAUGACAAAGUGGAAUUUAUCCCAGGAAUGCAAGGAUGGUUCAACAUAAAAUCAACACAUUGUAAUACAACACAAUGUGAUACAGCACAUUGAUAGAAUGAAGGAGAGAAAUGUGAUCACCUCAGCUGACAGAGCAAAGGCAUUUGACAAAGUCCAACAUCCUUUCGUGAGACAAUCUCUUGGAAAAUGAGGAGUACAAAGGUAACUCCUCAAUACAAAGGGUAUUUAUAAAAAACCCACAGCCAAUACUAUAUGCAAGUGGUGAAAGGCUGAAAGCUUGCCCCCUAAGAUCAGGAACAAGGCAAGGAUGCCUGCUUUUACUACUAAUAUUCGACAUUACAUUGGAAGUCCACAUGAGAGCUAUUAGCCAAGGAAAACAACCAAAAGGCAUCCAAACUGAAAGCAAAGAGGCAAAACUAUAUUUGCAUAUGACAUGGUCCUAGAGAGAAUCCACAAGAAAACUUUUAGAGCUAAUAAAUUCAGCAAAGUUCAUUAAAAGAUCAAUGCACAAAAAUCUGUUGUUUUUUUUUAGACACUAGCAGUGAACAAUCCAAAAAAAUUUAAGAAAGUUUUAUUUUCAAGAGCAUUUAAAACAAUAUUGAGCAAUAAACCAAACAAAGGGAGUGAGAAACUUGUAUACUGUAAACUAUAAAAUAUCACUGAACGAAAUUUAAAAUAUCUAAAUAAGUAAAAAGAUACCCUAUUCAUGGAGAGGAAGACAUGUUUAAAAUGUUGAAUAGUUCAACCAUGGUUUUAACAUGGUUAAAUUAAUUCUACCCUGAUGCGUGCACCGCCCUUCAGUACCUGCGGGACAUGGAUGAGACAUGAGACAAAUUCGCAUGGACUACCGAGUCCUGUGGAAGAAAAGGGACGGCACAGCUAUUCCCUCAAGGGGGGAGCGCCUCAGAAUGGCCUGGCCACUCUCAAGGGUAGAGCACGCUGACCCUUGCCUAGACAGGCUUUAUUGGGUUUAAUUUAUGCAGGACUACAGGUACAGCUCAUUAAUCAUUGUCAGGCAGUAAGGAUCAAACAGUAGAUAGCAUACAAAUAACUAUUAGGGCUUCUUCUGAGUCAGGGUCUAUUAGCUAAAAGGCUACAAAACUUUGGGAAACAAACUCAUUUCCUGCUCGGGCCUUUAUCAUUUAACUAAGAACAUUCUUAGCAAAGCAGGCUUCACGGGAUUUUACAUAUCCUUUCUCAGGCCUGAUCACCUGGGGAGCCCACCCUCUCUAGCACAGGGCUUCACCGCCUUCUGUCGUUGUUUCGAGCUUAAGUCAGGCAGAGGAGGCAGAUAGCCAACAAAUUUUCAGAGACUUCUUGUGGACUCAGGGGAGUCAGGCUUUGUCAAAGCCAAGGGGCGAGAGUCCAUCACCCCCUUUCUCCAUAGCCCCCCAAGUCCUUCCCUGGGACCUCCACGUGAUCAUGCCUGUCUUAGGUCGUUACCUCCUUGGGGAAUCUAGCCCAUCAUUCGCUAACUGAUUAAGCAUUAGGGGCCAGUUGUGGAUGAAGUAAAAGGAGAAGUGGUGCUCAUGCCAGGGAGAUAAGCUUUGUCUCCUUAGUGGCCUCUGGUCCAAAGGUCGCUCACUCAGCCUUAGCCAUGGGGGAGUUACAGCUCCUGAAACCAGGCAUGGUGGCUUCCAACACUACCCAAAGCAAACUACAAAUUCAACACAAUCCCUAUCAAAACAACCUUUUUCAUAGAAAUGGAAUAGCCAACCCUCAAAUUCAAAUGGAAUUUCAAGGGACCUCAAAUAGACAAAACAAUCUUGAAGUACAAUAAAGUUGAAAAGCUCACAAACACUUCCCAAGUUCAGAAUGCACAACAAGGCUACCAUAAUUAAAACAAUAUGGUAUUGGCAUAAGAAUAGACAUGAAGACCAACAGAAAGGAAAAAGAUUUCAAAAAUAAACCCCUCACAUAUAUGGUCAUUUUUAAGGAUUCCAAGACUAUUCAACAGAGAAAAGUCAGUCUUCUUAAAAACAGUGUUGGGAAAACAGAACAUCUGUAUACAAAAGAAUAAAGUUGGGCACUUACCUUAUAUCACGUAAAAACUUGAAAUAGGUAAAAUACCUAAAUAAAUUAAGAUAUAUUAUUAUGAACCUCUUAGAAGAAAACCUUCAUGACAUUUGAUUUGGUAACAGUUUCAUAGAUAUGAUACCAAAAGUACAGGCAGCAAAAGAAAACUAUAGAUAUAUAGGAUUUCAUUAAAAUUGAGAACUGUGCAUCAAAGUACAACAUUAAGAAAGCAAAAGGAUAACCUACAUAACACAAGAAAAUAUCCGCAUUUGUAUGUCUGACAAGAAAUUAAUAUCUAGAAUAUACAGGAGGGGUGAGCAAAAGCAGGUUUACAAUUGUUAAUAUGGAAGAUAAAACAAUAAUAAAUAAUACAAGAAUAGACUUGUGUUUCACAUACAUACAACUGUAAACCUACUUUCCCCACCUCUGUAUAAAGAACUGUAAGUCAACAACCAAAAAGCAGACAACCCAAUUAAGAAAUGGACUCAAAUAGACAUUUCUUCAAAGAUCCACCCAUGGCCAAUAAGCACAUGAAAAAUGCUCUACAUCAUUACUCAUUGGAGAAAUGCAAAUCAAAUCACAACGAGAUACUGCUUCACACCUAUUAGGGUGGCUGCCAUAAAAAAAAAUGGAAACUAACAAAAACACGUUAAUGAAGAUGUGGAGAAGUUGUAAUCCUUACAUGUUGGUGGUGGAAAUGUAAAAUGGUGCAACUGCUGAUGAAAAUAGUUCAGCAGUUCUUCAAAAUUUAAAACUCCCAUAUGACCCAGCAGUUUCCCUCCUAGUUACAGAUCCAGUAGAACUGAAAGCAGGGACAUCUGUACACCAAUGCUAACAGCAGCAUAAUUCACAAUAGCCAAAAGGGGGAAACAUUGCAAGUGUCUAUUUACGGAUGAAUGCAUAAACAAAAUGUAGAACAUACAUAUGAUAGACUAUUACUCAGCCUUAACAAGGAGUGAAUUUCUGAAACGUGCUACAGUGCGGAUGAAUUUUGAAAACAUUAUGCUAUGUAAAAUAAGCCAGACACUGAAAGACAAAUAUGGCAUGAUACCACUUGCAUGGGUAGCUAGAAUAGACAAAUUCACAGAGACAGAAAGUAGAAUAGGGGUUGGCAGGAGUUGAAGGGAGAAGGAACUGAGGAGUUAUUUUUAAUGGGUACAGAGUUUAUGUCGGGUAUGAUAAAAAGGUUCUACAUAGAAAAAAUGGUGAUGGUUACACAACACUGUAAAUGUAUUUAAUGCUAUUGAAUUAUAUACUUACAAAUGGUUAAAAUGAUAAAUGUUAUGCAUAUUUUUACCAAAGGAAAAAAGGCAUUUUGGUGUAAAAGUGCAUGGUGAGCCCUCACUGGUGUGGCUCAGUGGACUGAGUGCUGGCCUGCAAACCAAAGGGUCACCAGUUCAAUUCCCAAGUCAGGGCACAUGCCUGGAUUGAGGGUCAGGUCUCCAGUUGGGGGUGCUCCAGAGGGAAGCACACAUUGAUAUUUCUCUCUCUUUCUUCCUCCCUCCCCCUCUGUAAAAAAAGAAAUAAAAUCUUUUAAAAAGUGAAAAAUAAAAGUGCAUGGUGAAUUUGAGAGUGAAGCAUCUAUAAGAGAAGUAAGUAGAUAUUAAAGUAAGAAUUAGGCUCAGGUCACAUUGUGAAGGGUUUUCAUGCUGUUUUGAGGAACCGAGACUUCUUUCAACACUCAGGACGAGUCACUGUAGGCUUCUUUAAAAAAAAAAAAAUAUGCUUUAUCCAUUAUGCCAUUACAGUUGUUCUAUUUGCCCCUUCAUUCCCCUCCACCCUGCACACCCCUCCCCCACCAUUCCCCCCUUUAGUUUAUGACCACGUGUCUCAAGUUCUUUAGAUUCUGUAUUUCCCAUACUAUUUUUGCCCUCCCCCUAUCUAUUUUCUACCUACUGUCUAUGCUACUUAUUCUCUGUACCUUCUCCCCCCUUCUCCUUCUCCCACUCCCCUGUUGCUAACCCUCCAUGUCAUCUCCAUUUCUGUGGUUCCCUCCUGAUCUCGCUGUUCAUAGGCUUCUAAAGAGACUUCUAAACCUUGCAGGCCCUGUGGAGGUUCCCAUCUGGAAAGAUAAACAGUGACUGUGUGGGGGACGGUUCCUUUUCCUUGUGCUGCUGCAGGCCCGAGGGCAUCCCUCACCUCACCCUAAACUGACACUUGGAAACGAUGGUGUAGCAACCACUUUCCCAGGGACAGUGAAGCAAGUUUUAGGGAGAGUUAAAUCCCUACCCUUGCGUUUGAGUUUUUUUUAAAUGCUGCCAAGCUUAUAAAUCUGUCCAUGUCCAUAAAUCUGUCCAUGAGAGCUGUUAGCAAGCCUCAGCACAGCCCGUUGGUGGUGGUUCCUGCCAUUCUAUUACCGACACUCUCGUUGCUGACACGGAGGGUUUGUUUUACAGUUGUUGCUGUAGCAUAAGUAAAACCGGAUGUGUGGAUCCCGCCAUUAUUUUAAUUAGAAAAGUGCUUCAGUAAGAGUCAAGCUCCUAUCUUUAUAGUUCAGCAUCUUUGGCCCUUAGUCUUUGCUUUGGCACUUUCACACGGAAUGUAUCCUGGGAACCUAGCAACCCCCUGUCCCUCUACACCUGCCGCCUUCUCUGCUUAUCGACUGCGACCCAAGUGAGUGGCUCAGCUUCCUGAUUUUGAUCUUCUGUAUCUCAGAUUCUGUUAAUACACCUGUUCAGUUAACAAUUUGUAUACUCUAUUCUCAAUAAAUGGGUGUGAAUACUUAACCAAAGUGCCACCUGUGCUGUGAUCUUA